CGUUAACCGCCGCGGCUUUUGCAGUCGAUUAUAACCGCGUGACGCGUACGCCGUCGUGGUCGUGGUUCACGUCGUUGAAAUCACACCGGAAAUGUGAAUCGACCUGUUACGAAAAUAUAAUUUAUGAAAAAAUGAGAAACAUUAAAAUACUGACCAGACUAUCCAUAGAUGUUAUAAUUGAUACAAAAUACUCGGUGAAAUGUAUGCUCAAUGUUGCUGUGAAUUAUUCAGGAUAAUCGUCAAUUGGGACAUAAUAUUCUAAAAUUAAAUUACUUAGACAUAUUGAAAGAGAUAAGGAAAACAAAUAUGAACUAUUGGUUACCAAAAUAUUCUGUCUCGCUGACAUACAAAGCGUUCGCGAGUUGUUAGUGUGUCGUGCUCCGUUAUCGUUCUGGAGCGCCGGAACUAUUGGUUAAGAUGAGCUGAUGGAUGAAGAGCCAGUGGUCACCGAUGAGGAGAAAAAAGAAGCGGAGAGAAAAAGGUUGGAAGCGUUGCGCCAAAAAAUACUAUUUUACUUGACAGCGUUUUUCAUAUUGCUCGGCGUGUGCAGUCUAUUCGUAUUUUUGUUCCUGGUGCCGUUCAUCAUCGAGCCGGCUAUUUCCACGUUACUCAUGGACUUCGACGAAACGCCGGCUUCAUGCGUGACCACCGACUCGAUAAUGCGAGAAGGCGCGUCCAACUGUUCGCUGCCCGGCGGCUGGGCCUCGUGCCGGGAAGGCUGCACUAAGGAGAUUUACCAAUGCGCCCAGAUUUUCGUCAACUAUACUGUGCGUGGAGACCGGGCCAGGGCCAUGGUUUCGAGGCACCAUCGUCGAUCGCUGCUACUGCACCAGCAGGCCAUCGACCCCGAGCCCGCCGUGUGGACGUAUUCCAACGCCCGAAUAUUCCCUAACGUUAAGGGCUGCGGGUAUCCGCCUCAUCUCAAUUGCUCCGCGUUUCACCAAAAGUACUUCGAGGUGGGUUCCGUAUACCCGUGCUACUACAGUCGUGAAGAACCGUCGGUUGUAAUCACCGAGCUUGACUUAGCCAAAAGCGUCAAGCAUCUCAUCUACUCUAUAGUGUUCCCUAUCCCUUGCUUCGUCACGUCUAUCGUGUACGUAGCUCUCGCCUACUUUUGGGUGUACGCCGGCCAAAGCCAGAAACCGAAGACCAAACGACGGGUGGUUCGGAGGAUGGUAGGGGGCUCCGGCGGGACGGGUUGCGUCGGUGGCACGGCAUCGGCGUCCAGGCACAAAAGCGGUUCCGAAGCCACGCCGCUGACGACCGACGACGGUGCGCCGCCGGCCAUAAGCGAAGACGGUACGGUCUCGCCGGCCAACGGGUAUUACCGGGACGACGACGACGCGUCCAUUUACGGCGAACAGCUUAGGUCCACGUUGGCCGUAGACAACUCGUCCGCCGACUACGUCCAUGCGCUAAACCUGUCCGAACACACGCUCAGACAAUCAGAUUGCUCGAACGAACCGUCCAGGGAAUGGUCCGAGGACGCCAUCAGCAUAUGCGGCAGCCUCGAACGGUCCAUCGCCAAAUCUGCGUUCGUCAAUUCUACAGGAAACUUAACCAAGACGAUGACGACGUGUAUCUUAACUCCCCCUGGGCCGACGGCGGAAGUUUGAAAAGAAGUCUACAUCAAGUUGGUGACAUUUCCUGGAGGCCUAAAUAAUCCAUUCGUGGUUUUCUCUUUUGUUUUCACUUAUUUUGUAAAUUUUUUUGUUUUCAUUACAUUGUUCGACAAUUCACUAAAGCUAAUUGUGUUUUUCGCUGCAACUUUUUUGUUUUUUUUAAUUUCAACAAUCACGUCUACAAUAUUAGAAAUAUUGUUCACUUUUAUAAUCAUAGUAUAUAAAUUUCAUAUAUAAUAUAGAAUGCGUAACUAAAAUGUCAGUAUUUUAAAUUUAUAAUAACAAGCCAUUUUUUAAUAAUCAAUAUAGUUAGACGUUAAUAGCACAGUAAAGCACGAGAUAGUAAUAAGAACCAUUAUUUUUAAAUAGAAAUGUUAGGCAAAUUCCAAAUUGGGCAUUAUAUUUUCUAGUGUAUAAUCAGUCAACUUUAAAGCUAAGGAAAAUUUUAAUUCAAUAUUGAAUAUCUUAUAAAUUCGUUAUUUUAGUAAUUAUUUGUUACACUUGGAAUUAAAAAUAUACACGAACGAACGAAAUACAUUUAUUUUAUAGGAUUUUUCUCACUAUUCUGAAGUAGCUCCUAUUAAUUAUAGUUUUUUUCCAUAUUUUCUUAGUAGAUGUUUAAAAAAAUAUUCAUUAUUUUUUUAAAAUUAAUAUGCCCAAAGUUGUUUUACUGUUCAUAUCUUACUUAAAUUAGUAUGUUAAUUUAUAUUUAACGAUGAAGAAAAUAUAAU